AUGGAUGAAGCUGCACGUGUCAUGCUCGCUAAAUUGACUUUGGUGGAUCCAACGACGUCUUCAUUUUCAGCGUAUCAACAGAGCGCAGAGAUUCGACAAUUUUGGAAGCUAAUCGAGUCGUCCAUUCAGACCAUACUUACAGUAGUUUCCAACAACUUUUCCACCACAAAUCAGUUUGAUGUCUCAUCCCGGUUAAUCAGUAUUUUGAGUGCAUCUACAUUACUAUCAUCGAUAUUGUAUGCCAUUAUUGCAACUCAAAAACGCAUCAACAAGUCGGAUGAUAACAUUGAAAGUGUGAUGAAAAAGGAGAUGCAAGUAAUAUUGUAUCAUAUUCAGAUACUCAAACAAGAUUUAAAUUGGUCAAACAUCAAAGCAGAGUCUGCCCAGGAAGCCAUCAUACAUCAUACAGACAUUUUAAUAGAUUCAUUGGUUGCUUACACGCUGUCUCCAUUCAAUGCGCCUUUGCAAGUGCACCCUUACAAAGGCAUGUAUUAA